CCACGUAGAUUUUAAAAUGAAGGCAACUUUUUUUUGUCAAAACUUUUAUUCGCACGCUCGCGUUAGUUUUGGGUACUCAGGUACAAAACUUAGGGUGAAGGUGCAAGGGUCAAAGUGCACGUCCUGCAACAGCUGACGGCAACUUCGUGGCCUGUUCGUGGCAGGACGUCGAUCUUUGCGUGCUGCACUCAGGGAAAAGUGUCCGGUAUCUCAGUUCUCAGUCUCGGCAGGAUGGCGAAAGAAAGCAGAAUGAGUGGCAAUCGUUGUGGCAGCAGUUGGAUGGCCCGACCCAAUGGACAACAAGAACUACGGCUGUUGGCCCAUAGACGCAGAUGCAAAUAAAAAGACCCCAAUAAAUUGCGAUGGUCUGGACAUGGCAUGGAUCAAGGGUCCUCCAGCACAGAUCACAGCUGGACAUGAGUUCAACGUGACCUACAGUCUACAUCUCCCUGAUGUCUUCUACAGUCAGGCUGUGGAACGAAACAUCCUGCCUCAUGGGAAUGCUACUGAAGCCAAAACCUGGUGUCAUGACCAUCCCUGUCCUGACCAGUGGAGAAAGGCUACCCAGGAGAACUGUUGUGUGUAUCAUGUAAAUGUCCACUCCUGCCCACAAGAAAGUCUUAGCGAAGGGCCUGAUAACAUAUGUGGACCAUGGAUCCCUGAUGAUGGAGAGAUCUUCACCCACACCGUGGCCAUGGCUGGACAGGCAGACGUGGUGAACUGGACCAGCUACAUGCAGCUGUGGAAGACUGGGCCACACUCUCUCAUCGCACAUAUUAAAGUGGGAACACUGCAGGCUGCACUGCACGCCCUGACUGAAGUUGUACCAGCAACAUCCUGUGGUGAUGACAACUGUGAUGAUGAUGAGACAUGUGACACCUGCCCACGAGACUGUAAGCCCUGCCCCAUGUCAGACCAGAUCAAGGCUGCCAUCGCUGCCCCGGUCACCUUUGCCUUCUUUCUGCUCAUGGCCACACUAGCAUGGUUUCAAUAUCAGAAACAGAAAAUGUUCUGGGAUGAGAGCUGGAUCAUUGACUAUGGAGACAUCAGACCAGAUCACGGGAUUCGUGGCUUCAUGGGCAGCAUUCUGAGUGUGAACACAGGAAACAGCAGCACCAUCAACACCAGCCUGGUGUCCACACAGAACAACAUCAACAGCCGCACACAGCGCAAGCAGAUCUUUGCACAGACAGGGAUCUUUGAUGGCAGGACAGUGGCGAUCAAGAAGGUCCAAAAGCAAUGCUUUCAGCUAACCAGGACCAUCAGGAUGGAGGUACAGCAAGUCAGGGGUCUGGACCAUCCAAACCUGUGUAAGUUCAUUGGUGGAUCCAUCGAAGUGCCGAGUGUUGCCAUCAUCACUGAGUACUGCCCAAAAGGAAGCCUGAACGAUGUUCUGCUGAAUGACGACAUUCCACUUAACUGGGGUUUCAGGUUCUCCUUUGCCACAGACAUUGCCCGUGCCAUGGCCUACCUGCAUGAUAAGAAGAUUUUCCACGGCCGCUUGAAAUCUUCCAACUGCAUCAUUGACGACCGAUGGGUGGUGAAGAUUUCAGACUACGGGCUGCAGACAUUCAGGAAGGAAGAUGUGGUGACGUAUGAAGACAACUACAGACAGCAGCUGGCACGAGUGUACUUCCCUCCCGAGGUCCACCACUGUCCUGACCUGCGCUAUACCGGCCCUACUGAUGUAUACAGCUAUGCUGUCAUACUCGCAGAGAUUGGUUCCAGGAAUGACCCAUCACUACCGGAUGAUGUGGAGUGUCUGGAUCCAACAUGGCGUCCCAGCCUACCAGAGCUCUGCAACAAGACACAGUCGGAGAAUGACUGCCCACGGCCUCACGAUUACAUUGAGCUGAUCCAGCGCUGCUGGGGUGAGCAGCCUGUGCAGCGGCCAACAUUUGAACAGAUCAAGAAGAUUCUACAUCGCAUCAACCCUGAGAAAAUCAACCCUGUGGACCAGAUGAUGAACCUGAUGGAGAAAUAUUCCAAACACCUGGAAGUGCUUGUGGCCGAGAGAACUGCAGACCUCCUUCAUGAGAAACAGAAAACAGACCGGCUCCUCUACAGCAUGCUGCCAAAGUCAGUAGCUGAUGACCUUCGACAGGGCAAACCAGCGCAGGCCAUAGGGUUUGGAGCAUGUACCAUCUUCUUCAGUGACAUUGUAGGCUUCACCACACUGUCCAGUACCAGUACUCCAAUCCAGGUGGUCACUCUGCUCAACAAACUCUACACAACCUACGAUGAGAUCGUGGACAACUACGAUGUUUACAAAGUGGAGACCAUUGGAGAUGCAUAUAUGGUGGUAUCAGGAGUUCCCAGAGAAAAUGGAGACAGGCAUGCAAGUGAGAUUGCCAGUAUGGCGCUGGACCUGGUGGCAGCAUGUGAGACAUUCCGUAUCCCGCAUCGUGGGGAGGAACGCAUCAGAAUCAGAGCUGGGAUGCACUCAGGCCCGGUUGUGGCUGGUGUGGUUGGUUUGAAGAUGCCUCGGUACUGUCUGUUUGGUGACACUGUGAACACUGCAUCUAGGAUGGAAUCUACUGGUGAAGCGCUGAAGAUCCAGUGCAGUGACACCUGUUACCAGAUCCUCCGACAGAUGGGAGGCUACAGGCUGCAACUCCGCGGCACUCUCCCUAUCAAGGGAAAAGGUGACAUGACAACAUGGUGGCUGCAAGGGAAGGACCUGGACCUGUCCAAGAACGGCAUGAGGCAGUCCAUGUGUGAGAACACCAUACUCGACGAUGAGAGAAAAGGUGCUGCGGCCACCUGCCCCAUCGCCCUGCCAGGUGAGCAGCCACGACCCUUCUCCCUGCCUCCCCUGGUCAGUCUACUCCCCCAGCUCUCUCCCAUCCCGGCCCAGACACCGCCGUCAAUAAGUAGCUGUUUCCCCCAGCCAUUCAAGAGGCCCUCCAGACUGCAGCCCACUUCAUCCAGCUUCAGUGUCCACCACAGUCUGCAGCACUCCACCCCCAGUCUUUUCCCUGCCUCGUCAUCCAUCCUGCCACCUCCCACGUACCCUGUGCCUCCUGCCCCAGAGAAUGUCAUCCACAUGCCCCAUUCUACCUGCAGCGGUCUACAGGCUCCAUUGUCCACCUUCGACUGUAAGUGGAGCGGCUGCCAUGUGCCAGGCUGUCUCUGUCAGGAGUGUAGGGGUCAUGUGACUGACUGGGGAGAGGACAAAUGCUGAAGCUGAAGUCACAAGUAGAGACCUUAGUUUGGACAGUACUGCUAGAUUAAUUUACUAUAUCUGGUAUAGAGAAAAGUUGGCAUACAUAAGUCUUGUAUGAUAUAAAAAUAUUAGUUGAUCUAGGCUGUUCAUGGGAAAAUUUCAGUGGCAGGAGACAUAAAAGUAUUGUUGUAAAGAUUACCUUAUUUUACAGCAGAUUAUUUAUAAGCUUUGAGUGAUAUUAUAACUAAACAUCUUAUAAAGUUAUAAUUUUGCUGGUUACAUUUUGCCAGUAUUUGUAUGAGGCACUAGUAAAUUUUAUUCACAAAAAUGCAUUGUGACUCGUAAACUACAUAAUUAGCAGAUUAUUUAUAACCAUUGAGUAUUGUGUACUUAUGUACUUAAAGUUAAUAUCAUUUUCCUGGUUACAAUUUCCUUGUGUCUCAUUACCUGGAUGUCUUUAUGUUCGUUAAUUUCAGUCAUGGUAUUUCCAGACUGUAACUUUAACUAAACUAUAACAUUAGAGUUAGCUUAAGCACAAUAUAGGUUUAGGAACACAACCAGAGAUUUUAGGAUGCAUGUUUUUGCAUAAAUCUUUUGGAUAGGAAUAUUGAAAACUGUAAAGGAAGACUCAACAGUAGAAGCGAGUG